AUGGUACUUUUCUCGCCCAUUUCCUUUCCAUUUUCGCUCGUACUGGACUGCACCGUUGGCAAAGAAAGUCGUGAUGUAUAUGAUCGAAAAACACUACGCGCAAUGAUUACCAUGCAACGAGAUUACAAAGCGAAAUUACUCGAGAAAAUGAGCGGCGAUACAACGGAUUUGGUUUUGGCGGCAUUCGAUUUACCGGAAAAGAUUGUUAAAACGGUGAUGACACCCAUCGAUAAGAUCUUCAUGCUCUCCGACGAAAGCAUCAUUGACAAAGCGCUUCUGAAAACAAUUGCUGCGAAGGGUCGCACGCGAAUUCCUAUUUAUAAGGAUAACGAUCGCAAUAUGAUCAUAGCUGUCUUGAAUAUGAAAGAUCUACUGCCGUUUUGUCAAACGAGUAGAUUGAAAGUGAGUACAAUCGUGCAGCUUUGGCAGCGCAGCACUCAGUUCCGAUUUGUUGUUGGUGGUAUGUCAGUGCUACAACUACUAAUUGAGAUGAAGAGUGGAAUUCGAAUCGCAAUGGUGAUUAAGUAUGAUGAUGAAAAACGCGACUAUAUUGUGCAAGGGCUUGUAACGCUCGAGGAUCUCGUCGAAGAGGUUACUGAAUUUUUCGGUCAACUUGCAAAAAAAAAUCAAAAUUCUCUAAUUAGUUAA